AUGGCCGCCUUCCCUCCCGCGCUGCUUCCGCUCGUCUUACCGCGCACGCUUGUUUCCCUCUCUCCCCUCUGCGAUCCCUCUGGCCUCUGCGAUCUCUCUCCCCUCUGCGAUCCCUCUGCCCUCUGCGAUCUCUCUCCCCUCUGCGAUCCCUCUGCCCUCUGCGAUCUCUCUCCCCUCUGCGAUCCCUCUGCCCUCUGCGAUCUCUCUCCCCUCUGCGAUCCCUCUGCCCUCUGCGAUCUCUCUCCCCUCUGCGAUCCCUCUGCCCUCUGCGAUCUCUCUCCCUUCUGCGAUCCCUCUGCCCUCUGCGAUCUCUCUCCCCUCUGCGAACUCUCUCCCCUCUGCGAUCUCUCUCCCCUCUGCGACUUCUCUCCCCUCUGCGAUCUCUCUCCCCUCUGCAACUUCUCUCCCCUCUGCGACUUCUCUCCCCUCUGCGAUCUCUCUCCCCUCUGCGAUCUCUCUCCCCUCUGCGAUCUCUCUCCCCUCUGCGACUUCUCUCCCCUCUGCGAUCUCUCUCCCCUCUGCGACUUCUCUCCCCUCUGCGACUUCUCUCCCCUCUGCGAUCCCUCUGCCCUCUGCGAUCUCUCUGCCCUCUGCUAUCUCUCUCCCCUCUGCGACUUCUCUCCCCUCUGCGACUUCUCUCCCCUCUGCGAUCCCUCUGCCCUCUGCGAUCUCUCUCCCCUCUGCGACUUCUCUCCCCUCUGCGACCUCUCUCCCCUCUGCGACCUCUCUCCCCUCUGCGACUUCUCUCCCCUCUGCGACCCCUCUGCCCUCUGCGAUCUCUCUCCCCUCCGCGACUUCUCUCCCCUCUUCGAUCUCUCUCCCCUCUGCGAUCUCUCUCCCCUCUGCGAUCUCUCUCCCCUCUGCGAUCUCUCUCCCCUCUGCGACUUCUCUCCCCUCUGCGACCCCUCUGCCGUCUGA